GCAUACAUCGCUCUUGCUGCCUGGUGCGCAGCUGCAAGUCUCACCAUACAAGGACAUGGCGACGAUGCGAAACCCGUGCUCCUCGUUCACAUUCACAAAUUACCUUUUCACGCACCGCCGCCUCGCAUCGUACGUCAACCGCGCAUCGAGCAUCCCAAGCCGGCGCGAGUGGAGCGCGUACCUCACCUGGUGUGCCGAGCGCAUGGAGCGGGAGGUCCCCGGCGUCGUGCAGUAUAGCAGCGAGGUUGUCGCGGUCUGCGCCGACGCGCCUGCUGCGGCCGACUGCGCGCCGGAGACGUUCAGCGUCAGGGUACGCGAUGCGCAGACGGGCAAGAUGAGGACAAUGCGCACGCGCAACCUGAGCAUCGCAGUCGGCGGCGUGCCGCAAAUUCCGCCCGCCGUGCGCGACCUGUACGCUGCACAGCCGCAUUCCGACGGUCCAUCGCGGAUCAUCCACUCGGGCCAUUUCUUGCCGUCGCUGGCCAAGGCGCGCUCUGCGCUUCUGAGAAAGUUGGACGGCGGCGCGCCUCUCCGGCUCGCAGUUGUCGGCAGCGGGCAGAGCAGUGCGGAGAUGACCCUGCAUCUCUACCGAACGUUCCCUGGCGCGCAAAUCGACCUGCUCUUUCGCGCGCCGGCGAUCAAGCCGAGUGACGACUCGAGCUUCGUCAACGCGGCCGCGUUCGAUCCCGACGCGAGGGGCCGGUUCUGGCAGGCGAACAUGGCGACGCGGGAGCGCUGGCGUGAAGAGUUUGCGCGGACCAACUACGCGGUCGUGCGCUGCAACGUGCUGAACGAGCUCUUCACGCUCGCGUACGAGGACACGAUCGAACUGGGUCAGCCUGUGCCUGGCGCGGACGGGCCGUCGGAGACGCGCCUGCGCAUCGUCGCCAACACGUCGCUAGAGCACGUCGAGCAGGACAGCGCAACGGGCGAGGUGCGUCUGACAACGCGCACAGCCCUUGGCGCCACCGUGACGCAGGCGUACGACGCGCUCUUCCUUGGCACGGGGUUUGCGCGCGAGCUGGGUGCGCUGCCGUGCCUUGGCGCGCUCAAGGAGCACUUUCCCGCCGUCGCCCAGGACGAGGCGCAGCGCGUGCUCGCACAGGGCUACGACGAGCCGCCUGAAGGCGCACCCUCCACACUGGCGGAGCGUAUGCGCGAGCGCAACCGCGGCGUCACGCGCGGGUAUCGCCUCGUGCCGUACGCUUCGGAGGUGUAUGGCGGUGGUAUCGGCGCUGGGAGUGCGCUCGGCAGCAACAAUAGCAAUACAGGCGUUGCGCCUGUGGCGGAAUCGGAGGAAGACGAACAUGAUGAUGAUGAUGCUCCUACCUUGUCGAGUCGCGGCGCGAUGGCGGUGAGCAGCCGCCGGUCGAGCGACAACGAGUCGGUCGGUAGCGGCCCGCCCAGUCGCGGCAGGAGCCAGACGGGCGCGGCGUCGCUCGCAUCGAGCGUGACGCUUCACAGUCGCACUGUCUCGCCCAAACGCAGCGUCUCGCCGUCAGCGGCUGCAGUAGGAGCAGGUGUCAGCAGCGGCGAGAUUUAUGUGAUGGGCUGCAACGAGGCCACGCAUGGACUGAGCGACAGUCUGCUCUCCGUCUGCGCGGUCCGCGCGGGCGAGAUUGCGCAGAGCCUGCUGCCGGCGCUCGCGCGACGUGCACGUUCGCCAGGGGCGGACGCGGCGCUCGCGAUCAAGGUCGCAGAUGCCAUGGUGACGCCAGUGCGGUUAACCUCGGCGGCGGCGGAGCCAGGCGCUGCUGUUGCGGCUGUGUGAGCACGUGGCCCGGCACUUUCUCUUCCGAGCCGGUAUGUAUUUUAGGCUGCAUUUGCACCUGCACCCGUUCAGAAUGCAGCUUCGAUUUCGGGCGCUACGCGUACAUGCAUGCAUAUAUGCAUGGUUCUUUCCGAUACAGAAUAUGUGGACGUGCACUAGGCCGCGAUUGUCUGCGCGUGGUUCUGCAGCUGGGCUGGCGUUAGCUGUGGUGCUCUUACGCGUGUGUCUGAUGACGGUCUGCCUGCGCUCCCCUCUAUAUGUACAUGUCUCCAUGCGGGAGGCCAGCGACUACAUGAUGUAGUACUCUAGCACGCCUGAGUGUUACCCGGUGCUUAUCGCGCCAUGAUUCCACGACGUAUUCACCGCCAAUGCAGAGGGUAGUUUAUAAGAGAGAGGUCGCAGCGAUGUUCCGCUGCUGGUG